CGCCUCCUGAAUACUAUUUGGCAGGGUGCUUGACGACGGCGAGCUACACGUAUGGCUUUGGAGUCGUGUUACUAGAGCUUCUAACGGGCUGAAGGGCAAUGGAUAGGAGCCGGCCACCCAAGGAACAAAUACUCGCACAAUGGGCAUACCCAAUUUUGAAGGAUCGCCGAAAGCUUCAACGGAUAAUUGAUCCAAGACUCGAGGGAAUGUACUCCGAGGAAGGGUCGCGGGCGGUGGCAUUACUUGCACGCGACUGCUUGACCGACCGACCGGAGUCCAGGCCCACGAUGAAUGUCGUUGUCACUACACUCGAAUCUUUGAAGGAUUGCAAUGAGGCCUCCAUAGCGAGGGCCGGGGCGAAUGCACAAGGAUGUAUCAUUAUAAGAAACAUGGUAGCUGCACCCCUUAGGGCUUGGGCGGAGAAUCUUCAUGAAAACAUAGUAUAUGAGCACUUCGGAGGCUUCCGAAUGCUCACAAGAAAUUUCAAGAGAACCCUAAGGCCACUACUCCAUGGAAUGUGGACUACUUUUCAAGCUGGGAAGUAUCAUGGAAAUUUGGCAGAUUCUGUGUUUCCAGACAAUCAGAUUGACCCGUUUUCGAUGCUUAGGGUUCAAGCUCCUCCCAAUGGAUACUUUCCUGUUGGAGAGCCACCAUUUAUGGGAGUUCGCGAUGAUAUUAAAGGGCUUGAGGAUGUCAUCCGCUAUAUUUUUGAACCGCAUUUCGUGUCCCCAAAUGGAAUGGCCCCUGUAGUUGGUCACUUUUUGAGACUAUGUGAACACAUCAGGUCAUCUGAUUUCAAUUCUUUUAAAGACAUGAGGAAAGCCAUAUAUCUCUUGUUGGUGAAAAAUUUCAUCAUGUUUAGCUCCACUGAUGUCAUUGGAUUUUUCGAUAAAGUUUUGAAUCUUAAAAACAUGAACACCCAUGGGUUUGAUGAAAAGUUUGCCGAGCGUUUGAACAAAGGAGAGCUGAAAUCUUACCAAGCGAAGCACUGGACAAACCUUGUCCCCGAGCAGCACACUUUCUACAAGUGCAUGGUUUCCCAGACAAAGCCCAACAUUGUGCGGACCGUGGUCAAUGACUGUUGGAAAAGGUUAGAAAUGGUAAACAGCGUCACGACUAGUAAAUUCCAACCCUGGUAUGGUCUGAUCGAUUUUUAUGCACGGGUCUCGAGCCGCAUACUUUCUUACGACCGUAAUGCAGAUGACGAUUUUGUCUUGAGAGAAUUCUUGAAGCUCUUCCCAGAAUUCCCAUCCGAAUGCUUCUUCCACGUGGUUGUUAUACACUCUUUUCAGCCUCCACUUCCAAAUGGGAAAGAUUUCUAUUGCUUGAUUAAUGAAACUCCUAAGAUCCUGCAAGAGUGAACUGUGAAGAAGAAGCAAAACUUGAAACCGGGAGACGAGCGCAAGAUCUGAAGACUGAAAAUAAGGAAACGGAGCAAGAGGGAGACGCCCCUCGUUCUUCACGGAUCCCCGCCGACCAGAGGACGACGAACUCUCGUCGCCACGUAGUUCUCAGCUCACGUUCUCCCUUCGUCAAUCGCGCACUAGUUCGCCGGAAGGAAACAGCAGUGUCACCUUUCUCCUUCGAUCCAAGGUUGAUUUCUUCGAUUUUCGAGCAACAGGUAAUUAGUGAAAUCUGGGGAGCGACGGAGACUUGAUGGAGGUUUGAUGAACAUGCAUGGGAAACAAUGGAGAUCUGAUGGGGAUUCGAGCAACGAAUAUUUGACAAAAUCAUAUCGCUUCAUCACGGGAAGUAUUAUCGCUGAUCUGUGUUUUGCCCUGGAGAUUAAUAACGGAUCUCCGUGAUGAUGCUGAAUUAAAGGAAGCAGACGGGAUCAAUAACAAUGUGGAUGAAGGAAAUCAAUUGAAAACCUAUGCAGAGGUGGUAGGUAAAUCUGAAGAAGAUGAAGGUAAAUUUAUAUAUAUUGAAGCUGAUGAAUCGAAUGGAAAUAAAUUUGCUAGGCUUAC